ACCGGGCAUGCUCAGUGGCGCGGCCGGCUGGGUGGCCCCGAGAGCUGCACCCGGAUCUGCUCGGCGGCGGCGGCGGCGGCGACGUGAGCGCGCAGGGGGGCGGCGGCCUCGCUUCGUCUCUCUCUCUGCGCCUGGGUCCGGUGGGUGACGCCAAGCGCGAGAGAGAUGUCGGAUUUCGACAGUAACCCGUUUGCGGACCCGGAUCUCAACAACCCUUUCAAGGACCCAUCAGUUACACAAGUGACAAGAAAUGUUCCACCAGGACUUGAUGAAUAUAAUCCAUUCUCGGAUUCUAGAACACCUCCACCAGGCACUGUGAAAAUGCCUAAUGUACCUAGUACACAACCAGCAAUAAUGAAACCAACAGAGGAACAUCCAGCCUAUACACAGAUUGCAAAGGAACAUGCCUUGGCCCAAGCUGAACUUCUUAAGCGCCAAGAAGAACUAGAAAGAAAAGCAGCAGAAUUAGAUCGUCGAGAACGAGAAAUGCAAAAUCUCAGUCAACAUGGCAGAAAAAAUAAUUGGCCACCUCUUCCUGGCAAUUUUCCUGUGGGACCUUGUUUUUAUCAGGAUUUUUCUGUAGACAUUCCUGUAGAAUUCCAGAAGACAGUAAAGAUUAUGUACUACUUAUGGAUGUUCCACGCUGUAACACUGUUUCUAAAUAUCUUCGGAUGCUUGGCUUGGUUUUGUGUUGAUCCUACAAGAGGGGUUGAUUUUGGAUUGAGUAUCCUGUGGUUCUUGCUUUUUACUCCUUGUUCAUUUGUCUGUUGGUACAGACCACUUUACGGAGCUUUCAGGAGUGACAGUUCAUUCAGAUUCUUUGUAUUCUUCUUCGUCUAUAUUUGUCAGUUUGCUGUUCAUGUACUCCAAGCUGCAGGAUUUCAUAAUUGGGGCAACUGUGGUUGGAUUUCAUCCCUUACUGGUCUCAACCAAAGUAUUCCUGUUGGAAUUAUGAUGAUCAUCAUAGCAGCACUUUUCACAGCGUCAGCGGUCAUCUCACUAGUUAUGUUUAAAAAGGUACAUGGACUAUACCGCACAACAGGUGCUAGUUUUGAGAAGGCCCAACAAGAAUUUGCAACAGGUGUGAUGUCCAACAAAACUGUCCAGACUGCAGCUGCAAAUGCAGCUUCAAGUGCAGCAACUAGUGCGGCUCAGAACGCUUUCAAGGGUAACCAGAUGUAGAGAACCCUCCAACAGUACACUGGUACCUUCUGACUGUACUUUUUCUCCAGUUACUGUAUUCUAUAAAUAUUUUUAUGUUGAAAACACAGUACACACAGCAUGUAUAUUUCCUGUUCACUUGUGCAUGGGCUAAAACCAGAAAAACUUCCUUGUCUUAUUUGCCUAUUAGUUUCUUAAUAUUUUGGUGCCCCUUGCAGAAAAAAAUAUCACAUGCUAAAUAAAUAUUCUCCAUAUUUUUUGGGGGAUGAAUGUUCAGCAAAUUAUUUCAGUGGUGACACACUGAAAUUAAUAUGGUACUUAUAAUUAAAAAUGCAUUUAGUACUAGCUGCAGUCAUUCUUUCAAAAAUCUUAGACUUAAGGAUUACAUAUUGGAACAUUAAAGUGAUGCUUCAUUCCAUUUUCCCCAUUUAUACUGAAAGAAAUAGGCCAUCAGGGACUUAGGGAUUUUAAAAUUGGCUUGCUUUUUAGCAGUUUUAGUCACCAGUGAAGAGCCUGUGUGCAUUUCGUAGUAGAUGAUGUAAAUUUUAUCCUUUUCUUUUUGUUUUAUUUUUAUAGAGUAGUUGAUAUUUUCAUACCAAUCUCUGAUCUUGCAUGGGCACCACAUUUCUUAAAAGAAUUAGUAUUUUGGCUUUUGCACUGCUUAUGGUUGUAGGAUUGCAGAGUUGCUGGUAGAAUCAAAGAAGAGAUUUUCUGCAAUAGUUUCUGUUAAAUAAAAAUUUAUUGGGAUGCAAUAUGAGAACAUAAUAUGCAGUGCAUCAUCCAAAAAAGGGUAGAUAAUCAGUGGAAUAGAAUGUAGUGAUGAUAAUACUGUUUUUUGUUUUUGUUUUUUAAUUUUCAGUAUCCGUAUCAUAGUAGAAUAUUACUGUAUGGAAACUUUGGUAUAUUCUUGUGGUUACUCAUUUUAAUUGAACUGAGAUUGUGUUUGGCAGCUCUUUUUUGGGGAGUGUGUGUGUAUAAUUUUUAACAGAGGUAUUAAAGUCUAGACUAACUCCUUGUCCAAAAAGAACAUACAGUAUUUCAGCGAUUUUUCUUUUAGCCUCUCAUCUGUAGUGGGAUUAAAAAGAAAAAGAUGCUGUUGUUUCACAUAUACUUGAAUUCCUAAUGCACCUCAGUCUUUGAACUUUUGACACAGACUGAAUACAUUAAAAUUUUUCAGCAAUAGAAAAAAAUGAAACAUAUAACUUGCACCAAGCAAGAAAAUACAAAUACAGUUAAAUGCAUUAAUUGUGACUAUGACCAUGUUGAAAUUGUUACUAUGCAGCUUAGGAGUUCAUUCUUAGAGUAUACUUGAUUUGAAACUUUGAAUCAUUUUUAAUACUGAUUUAAUGACUCAAAGCCCUUUGAAAGUCAUUAUACUGUGUUUUGGAAGUCAUUAGCUAAUUUAAGAUUACAGAAUAAUCAGUAAUGGUUUAUUCAACUUGAUUUUAAGUAAGGAUAGUCUAUUGGGUUAAAUUAUUUGAGACUGCAGAUCUUUUUUAAAAAUAAGAAUCAGAUGGGUAUAAAUAGUUAAAUCACUUGCAUUCUUUUCCCCAAAUCUGGAGGUAAAUGAAUUUCAUACUGAGGGUGGGAUGAUGAGUUCUCACUAUUUAUAAGGGAAGCUUUGCGUGAUAAUAGAUAACAUGGAUCCAUCUAGAUGGUGUUUACAUUUGAUUUAUUUGGGAUUUAUUGAAAUAAUAUACUUGGAAGAUAUUUCUUUUAUUAUGAUUAAAAUAGGAUUCAGAAAAUGAAUUUAAAGCUGUUUUUAUGAAUAUUUCUGAUUAGUAAUAAUCUCCCUACUUUGUCAAACAAAUAAGCCAGUUCAAGUUCUUUAGGUUCUAUAAUCUUACUGAAAAUCUAUUUUAUCACAGUGUGCUUUACUGAGUGUGUAUUUUACAAACAUUCAAAACAUUAACCACAAAAUACAAGAGGAGCUCUUAUAUUUAUCAUUAAUUUAUAUCUCAAGUCCAUUUCUUUUUUUUUUUUUAACUACAAAUGAAUAUAGAGACUUGAAAAAUACUGACAUACUUUCCUUUAAGAAUAGGAAUUAUCUCUAUUUUGUAGAAAUCCCCAAAGGUAGCAUUGUUAAAUAGCAAAUAAUUAAAACCAACAGUACCUUGUUUGUGUGUGGAUGGGGAGAAUGUUUUAAGAUCCAGUUACUUGGGUUAAUACAAGCUUAUGAGAGAACAUUGUUUUUUAAAAACCUAAAUGUGGAUUAAAAUGAUGGCAAUACUAACAGUUUGAUAAGGUAUAGGGAUUUUAAAUUCUUAGAUUCUCUAUUCUCCUAACAAUAGUUGGUAAAUGGUCACAUUUUCCAGCAAAAGGUUGGCAUUUGUUAAUGUAUUAUAUAUAAUACUAAUGUGACCCACCCAGUAUCACAGUCAUGAAAUGGUCUUCAUGUUGUAAGCAUCCAUGUCAUUUUUCAGUUUGCAAUAUUAAGUUGUGGCUGUUUUCCUUCAAACUAAAAUUUGAACACUGGAAAAUCCUUGCUCAGUGAUUUGUAAUUUGGGACUUGGAUUAUUUAUCUAGGGAUGUUUGUAUAUUUUGUCAGUGAGUAAUAUUGCGCUGCCAUCAUGAUGAGUGUCAUGGUUCUAUAUAAAUGCCCUCCAUCUGUCCCUCUAAUGUUGCAUGUUUUCAGUGGUUUGGAAGUUUUGUAUAUUUAUUGUAUUAACACAGAGUGUCAUAAAAUAAAAUGCUGUUUACUGGA